AUGCCCACCAGUUUCUGUGGUACAUGGGACAUAAUCAGCAAUGUCAACUUUGAAGGAUACAUGAUAGCACUUGGGAUCAAGACCCCCUUGCGUAAGAUUGCUUUGAAGCUGAAGCAGAGGAAGGUGAUCGAGCAGCAGGGAGACCUGUACAUUAUUAAAACCAUCAGCAGCUUCAGAAACUACACCAUCUCCUUCAAAAUUGACCAGAUGUUUGAGGAGUAUACAAAGGGGUUGGAUGAAAGGGUGGUCAAGUCAGUGGUGUCGUGGCAGGGGAAUAAACUGGUGUGUGAACAGAUUGGAGAGAAGAGGAACCGGGGCUGGGCUCACUGGAUGGAAGGCGACAAGCUCCAUUUGGAGUUGUACUGUGAAGGAGAAGUCUGCAAGCAAGUGUUUAAAAGAGCAUGA